AUGAACCCUCGAACAUGGCGUAAUCGAGAACAGGACUCGGUACGCUCCGACGAAGUUUUGGAGACGAGCUUCAAUUUUGUUGUGACGAUGUUACCUCGCUCUGAUGAUGUCCGUCAAAUGACGGACGAAAGCUUAGCACCAUUUCACCGGAAUCGAAGGAGAUUACUUCGGAAACAGCGUCAUCACGAAUGUUCCCGUAAAGCCAAUCGACAGCUGGUCAAGAGAAAUCCGCCGUCGUCUUCUGGUGGAACCGACCUUCGAAUCUUUCUUCACGCGACACUUCCACUCAAAAUGGAAGUAAACUCAACAAUUUUAAAACAUUUGCCGAGAAUUGUAUUAACUCGUUUGCUUGAAUUUGGUUGUAACGAUGAUAACUUGCUCUAA